CGAAAAGAGAAAGAGCGAGAAUUCCCCAGUCAGGUGACAGGAGUUUUUUUUUUUUUUUUUUUAAUUUGUUUUUUGUUUUUUUUUCUUCACUCAUAUUUUAAUAACAAAUACCUGGAGCUCUUGAUUUUAACACACUCGACGGAGGAGUCAUCUCCACACAUCUAAUGUGAGGUGACAGUUACGGUUUUGUCUGCAGCAGGAUGUUGGAAGAAGUGACUGCCGUGGUGAGGUUUGCCGUCUACGGUAACAGAAGCACAUUUCUGCCACCAGCGUUUGAGAACUCCUCUUCGGUGCCACCAACGUUGCACCCUGACAGUGGAGCGAACAUCACCAAGCCUCACCAGUGUCUCCAGGUUCUCUAUGAAGAUAUCAGAGACUCGCGAGUCCGGUUCUGGGAUGUGCUGCUGCUGGUCCCAAAUGUGGUGUUCUUUAUGUUUCUGCUGUGGAAACUGCCGUCCGCCAGAGCUAAGAUAAAAGUUACAUCCAGUCCCAUCUUUAUCACCUUCUACAUCCUGGUGUUUGUUGUGGCCGCAGUGGGGAUCACUCGUGCCGUAGUCUCCAUGACAGUCAGUACUUCAAGUGCUGCUACCAUCAUUGAUAAGGUUCUGUGGGAGAUCACGCGAUUUUUCUUGCUGGCCAUUGAGCUCAGUGUCAUUAUACUGGGAUUAGCCUUUGGUCACCUUGAAAGCAACUCUAGCAUAAAGCGAGUUUUGGCCAUCACCACUGUGUUAGCAUUGGCUUAUUCCAUUACCCAGGGAACUCUGGAGAUUCUGUAUCCUGAUGCUCACCUGUCCGCAGAGGACUUUAACAUCUAUGGUCAUGGAGGAAGACACUUCUGGCUCGCUAGUUCCUGCUUUUUCUUUCUGGUCUAUUCCCUGAUCGUCAUUCUUCCAAAAACUCCUUUAAAGCACCGUAUAUCUCUUCCAUCCCGGAAGAGUUUCUACUUGUAUGCUGGGAUUCUGUCCCUGUUGAACCUGGUUCAAGGCCUGGGCAGUGCACUGCUUUGUGCAGAGAUCAUAGAAGGACUUUGCUGUGUUGAUGUGACCACCUUCCUCUAUUUCUCUGUUUUUGCACCUCUAAUUUAUGUGACAUUCCUUCAAGGAUUCUUUGGGUCUGAGCCAAAGAUCCUGUUCUCCUACAAAUCUCAGGUGGAUGAGCCUGAUGACACCGAUGUGCACUUGCCGCCUACCUUUGGUGUGGGGAAGAAAGACGCCUUCGAUUCCUACUCCAGCACGCAGAUCGACAGCUCGGGGGCCUACCUGGACGAUGUUGCCUCUGCUCACUACCCCGUCGGCAGCAUCAACAGCAUUGACAGCGACCGCUGGAGAAUCAUGAAUGCCUAGAGCUACUUGUAACCAGCAAGCACUGGGGGAAGACCAGGGAGGGGUGGGGAGACCUCCCCCUAACCUUGUUUUCACCACAAACAAUUUCAGUCAUGGAAUGUUACACAGGAUUUUAUAAAUCCAUUCAUGAACAUGCAUGUUCCCCCAGCACAGAGCUUCUUGUCUCUAAAGAGACGCCAUCCGAGUUUGCUGGCCUGUGAUUUGUAUUGCACACUAGUACAAGCAUUGGCUUUCUUAACGGCUGAAAAAAAAGUUUAGGAACUGUACAUAUUGUGCAUAUACAUUCCCAUUUAGAUUUGCAUUUAGAACAGUCUAAUCUGUGCCUGUCUGCUGGUUCUUUGGAGAAAGGUUCGGCUGGCUGUAAUUGUUUGGCAAACCCGGCGUGUUUUUAGUAGGUCUAAUUUGAGUCAUUAUUCGGAAAUCUACCCUAAAGCAUGGGACUCCUAUUCAAUUAAAUGUUUUUUUUUUUUAAUAUAUAUUUCAUGGUAAUGCUUUAUUGCAAGGGGAAUACUUUUUGAACUUGCUUGAUUUCUAUUUAGAAGAUGGAUGAGAUUCAGUGGUAUAAACCUUGCUAUGAGCUCCUGUUAUAAUGCAGAAGACAGGUGCAUUCUUAUUCUUGAACUAUAGAAGCAUGAUAUUAUUUCUUCAAAAAAAAAAGGUCAAUGGGGGUGAUCAUGGUAUCAAGAGAGCUGCUAUAUUGGAUGUUCAUUGCCCACUCAUAUUUGCCUGGGCCUAGACUCAGAUCUGUGUGAUUAUCCACUGUUCUCCAUAGCAGCUAUCACUAUGAUCAGUAUUGUGGUCUAAGGGAGAUUCUAGUUUUGAAUCCUGCUCAGAUUUAAAAAGGAUAGCCUCUCUAGUGCACUGAUAGUGUCGGGAUUAUUACCCACAUUGUCAUACAGGUAACACAGCAAUGAGACGUUAGACA